AUGGGCGAUUUCAAUAAUGUAUCUGCUAUGAUCAGGGCUUUGAAAGAAGGUGGUAAUUUGGCAGCAUUAACUGGCGGUGAUCCACAUAAUCUUCAUUCCGGACGAACUGGAGCGUGGAAAGCAAAAAUAAAAUACUAUGCUAAACAAAUUAAUUCAUCUCAUCAACGUUCACUAUUCAUUUUUUCAAAAAAUAAUUGGAUACGAAAACGAGCUAAUGCUGUUAUUGAUUGGAAUCCAUUUGAAUAUAUGGUGCUAUUAACAAUUAUAGCUAAUUGUAUUGUUUUAGCACUCGAAGAACAUCUACCACAUGAAGAUAAAACAACAUUAGCCAGAUCAUUAGAAAAAACUGAAAUUUAUUUUAUUGGAAUUUUUUGCUUUGAAGCUGCACUUAAAAUAAUUGCUCUGGGUUUCGUAUUACAUGAAGGUUCAUAUUUAAGGAGUCUUUGGAAUGUGAUGGAUUUUGUUGUUGUUGUUACUGGUUUAGCGACGAUUAGUAUUAAAAAGAAUAGUUCAUUCGAUCUACGCACAUUACGUGCAGUUCGUGUGCUUCGACCGCUUAAACUUGUCUCAGGCAUUCCAAGUCUUCAAGUGGUGCUUAAAUCUAUAUUGAAAGCCAUGGCUCCAUUGUUUCAAAUAGCUCUUCUCGUUCUUUUUGCUAUUAUUAUCUUUGCUAUUAUUGGCCUUGAACUGUAUUCAGGUGUCUUUCAUACAACUUGUUUUUAUGCAAAUCGGACAGCUGCUGACAAUGAUAGUGACGAAUUAAUGUAUAAAGGUGAAGACCAUCAGUCUACUACAUGUGGCAUACCGGGAGAACCGAUAUGGGGAUGGUUGAAUAUAAAACAUGGUGUUUUCACAUGUAAUAUACCCAAUGAAUCACUGAGUUGUCGAGAAUAUUGGGAAGGACCUAAUAAAGGCAUAACUAGUUUUGAUAAUAUUGGUUUUGCUAUGUUAACUGUUUUUCAAUGUAUAACUAUGGAAGGAUGGACACAAAUUUUAUAUUGGACAAAUGAUGCUGUUGGAACGUUGUUUAAUUGGCUUUAUUUUGUACCAUUGAUUAUUCUCGGUUCAUUCUUUAUGCUUAAUCUUGUUCUUGGUGUUCUAAGCGGAGAAUUUGCAAAAGAACGAGAACGUGUAGAAAAUCGUCGAGCUUUCUUAAAAAUUCGUCGCCAGCAACAAAUCGAACGUGAAUAUAAUAAUUAUAUUGAAUGGAUUAAUCGAGCUGAGGAUGUCAUUUUAAAUGAAGAACGAACUACUGAACAAGAAAGAAGAGCUAUUCAUGAAGCUCGAAAAUAUGCGCAAUUAAAGAAAAGUCGGCAUACUCGUGCAGGCAAACAGCAUAGUGUUGAUGAUGAUGAAGAAGAUAUCGACAAUGCCUUUAAUCGUGGUCGAGGUACAGAUAUUGAACGCCCUGAUAGACCAAGAACUUUAAUGCGUCGAUGGCAUAUUCACCAACGUGUGAUUAAAAGUAAAAUUCGUAUCUUAGUUAAAACUCAAGCAUUCUAUUGGACUGUUAUUGUAUUGGUAUUUUUGAAUACUGUUUGUGUUGCUAUUGAACAUGAUCGACAAAAACAAUUUCUAACGGAUUUUUUGUAUAUUGCUGAAUUUAUAUUUUUGGGUUUAUUCGUUUUUGAAAUGCUUUUUAAAAUGUAUGGCCUUGGAGUUGAUCGAUAUUUUGCAUCAUCAUUUAAUAUAUUUGAUUUUGUCGUUAUUUUUGGCUCAAUAUUUGAAGUUAUUUGGACACAUUUUAAUCCAGAAGAAUCGUUUGGUGUUUCAGUUCUUCGAUCUUUACGCCUUUUAAGAAUAUUUAAAGUCACUCGGCAUUGGGCAUCUUUACGUAAUUUAGUCGUAUCACUCUUGAGUAGUAUGCGAUCUAUUGUCAGUCUACUGUUUCUUCUCUUCUUAUUCAUUCUUAUAUUCGCUUUAUUGGGUAUGCAAUUAUUCGGUGGCGAAUUUAGUUUUGAAGAUGAAACUCCAUUACAAAAUUUUAAUAAAUUUGCCACUGCACUAAUAACUGUCUUUCAAAUUUUGACUGGUGAAGAUUGGAAUGAAAUCAUGUAUAAUGGAAUUAUAUCGCAAGGAGGAGCCAAUGGUAUAGGAAUGAUCUAUUCGCUUUAUUUCAUUAUUCUUGUCUUAUUUGGCAAUUAUACAUUAUUAAAUGUCUUUUUGGCUAUUGCUGUCGAUAAUUUAGCUAAUGCACAUGAAUUAACAAAAGAUGAAGAAGAAGAACAAGCAGCUGAAGAAGAAAAACGCGAACGUGAAUCAAAGGAUGUCGAAUCGAUGUUUAAAUUAGGUGCAGCACAAGCAGAAGCAGCAACAACAACAGCGGCGACGACGACGACGGCAGCAGCAGCAGCAGCAGCAUCAAAUGCAAAAGCAAAGAAAAACGAACCAGAAACAGCUCUGAAUAGAAAUAAUCCUCAACAAAUUGCAAAGAAAGGACAUGUUGACAAUACUGCUAAGAUAUCUUUUGAUAAUCAAUCUCCGGCACCAUAUAAUUCAUCAAGUUCAAAAGCAAAUACAGAUUUUUUAGAUAGACAACUAUUUGAAAAAGCAGAUUUAGAUUAUAUACCUGGCUUAGAUUAUGAUCUCGGUCCAGUUUUUAUUCCAACAUCCUUAGAUCAAUUGCCAGGACUUGAUCAAAGUGCUGCAGCUGCUAAAGCUCGUGCUGAGGAAGAAGCAAGAAAAAAACGAGAAGCAGCUGCAGCAGAAGCCGAUGCUAAAAGAAAAGAACGAGCAACACGUGUUGUUAAACCUAUUCUUCCAUAUAGCUCAAUGUUUAUAUUUAGUAGUACUAAUCCUAUUCGUCGACUUUGUCAUUUUAUUGUUACUCUUCGUUAUUUUGAAUUACUUAUAAUGAUUGUCAUAUGCCUUAGUUCAAUAUCGUUAGCUGCUGAAGAUCCUGUACAUGAAAAUUCCAAUCGUAAUCUUAUACUUAAUUAUCUUGAUUACGCAUUUACUGGCGUAUUUACUGUUGAAUUAUUACUCAAAAUCGUCGAUUUGGGUGUUGCACUUCACGAAGGAGCCUACUGUCGUGAUGUAUGGAAUCUACUUGAUGCUCUUGUUGUUAUUUGUGCGUUAGUCGCGUUUGGUUUUACGGAAAAUGGAGCCGGUAAAAAUUUGAAUACAAUCAAAUCUCUACGUGUUCUUCGUGUAUUACGCCCGUUAAAAACUAUAAAUCGUGUACCUAAAUUAAAAGCAGUAUUUGAUUGUGUGAUUACAUCAUUAUCUAAUGUUUUGACAAUUUUAAUUGUAUAUAUGUUAUUUCAAUUUAUUUUUGCUGUCAUUGCUGUACAAUUAUUUAAAGGAAAAUUCUAUCGAUGUUCGGACUUAUCGAAAGUAACACCAGAAGAAUGCCAAGGAAACUAUUUUGACUUUGGUAAUGGAAAACGUAAACCAGACUGCAAAAAAAGAUCAUGGGAUCCAUAUGAUUUUACCUAUGAUAGUGUACCACAAGCUAUUCUAACUUUAUUUACAGUACAAACAGGUGAAGGAUGGCCAACUGUCUUACAACAUUCAAUUGAUGCUACUGGUAUUAAUCGUGGUCCUCAGCCGGGCCAUCGACUUGAAGUAGCAGUGUUUUAUGUGGUUUAUUUUAUUGUAUUUCCAUUCUUUUUUGUCAAUAUUUUCGUGGCCUUAAUUAUUAUAACAUUUCAAGAUCAAGGACAAAAAGAAUUAGAAGAAGCAGAAAUUGAUAAAAAUCAAAAAUCAUGUAUUGAUUUUGCAUUGAAUGCUAAACCAAUUCAACGAUGUAAACCAAAACAAGAAGGUUCAUUGCGUUAUCGCAUUUGGCAAUUAUGUACAUCAUCAUACUUUGAAUUUUGUAUUAUGGUUAUGAUUGCACUGAAUACUUGUGUACUCAUGGCAAAAUACUAUCGUAGUCCAUCGACUUAUAAUGAUAUAUUGACAUAUGCUAAUACAACAUUUACAGCUCUAUUUACUGUUGAGAGUAUUCUGAAAAUUAUUGCGUUUGGUUUAAGAAAUUAUUUUCGUGAUAAAUGGAAUGCAUUUGAUUUUAUUACAGUACUUGGUAGUAUUGCUGAUGUACUCGUUACUGAAUUUCGACUAACUAAAGCAAAUGUCGCUCUUUCAGUUGGUCCACAAAAACAUAAGAAUACGUUGCUUAACUUGGGUUUUCUUCGUUUAUUUCGUGCGGCUCGUUUAAUAAAACUUCUUCGUCAAGGUUACACAAUUCGUAUUUUACUUUGGACAUUCAUGCAAUCAUUUAAAGCUCUACCCUAUGUUUGUCUAUUGAUUGCAAUGUUGUUUUUUAUUUAUGCUAUUAUUGGCAUGCAGGUUUUUGGAAAUGUUCGUCAUGAAUCGAGUACAGCCGAGAUAAAUCGACACAAUAAUUUUUCCAAUUUUUUUUAUGCUUUAAUGCUCUUGUUCAGAUGUGCAACAGGAGAAAGUUGGCAGGCUGUUAUGUUAGCAUGUAAAGCUGGAGUUGAAUGCCAACUUCAAUCUCACACUCGAGGAUAUAAUCAACCCGCAACUGUAUAUACGCAUCCAUCAGCAGGAUCAGCAUGUAUUGCAGCGUCACCGCCAAAACAUGAUGCUACUUUUGGUAGAUGUGGAUCAGAUUUUGCAUAUCUUUAUUUUUGUUCAUUUGUUUUUCUUUCGUCAUUUUUAAUGUUAAAUUUAUUCGUUGCGGUUAUAAUGGAUAAUUUUGAUUAUUUAACAAGAGAUUCAUCUAUAUUAGGUGCACAUCAUCUAGAUGAAUUUCUUCGUGCUUGGUCCGAAUAUGAUCCAGAUGGAACAGGAAAAUUAGAAUAUACAAAAAUGUUCGAAAUGUUACGACUUAUGUCACCGCCUGUUGGAUUUGGGACAAAAUGUCCAUCGAAAUUAGCUUAUAAACGUUUAAUUCGUAUGAAUAUGCCUAUUGAUGAUAAACGUCAAGUUCAUUUUACUACUACACUCUUUGCACUUAUUCGUGAAUCACUUGGAAUUAAAAUGAGUGCAGCUGCUGAAGAGAUGGAUGAAGCUGAUAAUGAACUACGUGACGUUCUAUGUAAAGUUUGGCCUAAUCAUGCAAAAAAGCAUAUUAAAUUACACGAAGGUGGAACGAAACCAUUACUCGAUCUGGUUUUACCACCUAAAAAUGAAUUACAUGGUAUACCUGGUUAUCCAAAAUUAACUGUUGGCAAAGUUUAUGCUUUAUGUUUAUACAUUGACAAUUAUCGUUCGUAUAAGCAAGGACAUACGAAUGAUACUGGCUUCAAUUUAAAUCGUCUAGUAUCAGCACUUAAAGAACGUGUUCAUUCAAGAGAAGGUAUUAAUGAAUAUGAUGCUGAUGGAAAACGAUCAUCAUUUCGUCGAUCCGGAGGAGGAAGUGGUGGAGGAAAUCGAUCAUCGAACUUUGACAAUAUGUUUUUGAGUAAAAAUAAAGUUUCUUCAAGUCGCCGAUCCAGUGCUGUCAUGGAAAAUGGGCAUAUCAUUACUAAAUCUUCAAAUUCACUGGGCGUUGACGAAGCACACCGAACAAAUAAUCAUCCAAAUAUAGAUAGCCUUUCAAAUCAACAUCACUAUGGUAAAACAUUAAAUGUACCCGAUCUUACCAGUACUCUUCAUGCCUUACCAAUUGUUACACCACCGGCACCAAUAAAUCCACCUCGGCCAGCAAUCAUGACAACACCCAAAUCAACAAUGAUUUCGAUUAAAAACCCUUCAAAUUCACUGGGUUUAUCGCCUACUGAGACACGACCAUUAUUACUCGUUACAACAGAAAAUGAUCAACAACAUACGAAAACAGUCACAGUCCCUAAUGGACGCCGUCUACCUUUAAGUGUUCCAGUAACAUCACGUGCACCGGUAGUAACUAAACAAGCAACAUUACCAAAACACAAUGAUCAUCAAACUAUACGUGAAACAACAACAGAAAAAUUAUCAUCAAAAAAAUAUAUUAGUAGUCGACCGCGACCAGCACUGUUCUUUUCAUCAACAAGAGCUCCUGAUCAAUCACCUGAACAGCAUCAACCGUUACUAGGUAGUAGUGGAAAUGAUACAAGCAGUCGUCAUGAUUCAAUUGAUUCACAUACAUCAACUGAUGAUGGCUAUGGAUUAAAUGAAAAUUGGCCACUAAGGACAAGUAUGAUAGGAGCACAAACUCGAAUAGUAUCAAUUAACGAUUCGUUGCCAUCGGCCAGUAUAGCUCAACCUCGACCACAAGCCAAUGCGAAUAAUUCUCGACAAUUACCAUCUUUGCCAAUGAAUAUACGACAAUUACCAUCAUUGCCUAGCUCAUUACGACAAUCACCAAACAUUGAUAGUUCAAAUUCGACAAAAUUAUAUUUUAAUAUUGAGGACACAGAAAAUGAUGAUGAAGCUUUAACAACAAAACUUGCACGUCCUGGAGAAUUAUUCUACUAUCAAACUUCGACAUCUUCGUCAUCAUCUUCGUCAGCAUCGAAUUCAAAUAAUUCAUCAUCUGAGAAUUCUGAUAAUGAAAAUAACCGAGAACCAUUUGAAAAUCGUAAUCAGGAAGUAGAAGGAGAAGAGGAGGAUGAGGAUGAGGAUCGAAUUUCGCCAUGUGAAUACGAAGCUUAA